UGCUCAUCAAGAAAACAAAUAUAAGACAUUUUUAGAUAGUAUUUUGUCUUGUUUUCAGUACAACUAAGUAAGAAAGUAAUUUUUCAGUGUAUGUAGUUGAAUGUCAUCUGCAUAAUCGUGAUCGAGAAAGUAAAUAUAAUGUAAAGAGCAGUGGGACCAAAACAGAACCCUGGGGAACACCACAGGACAAAGAUGCUGUUAAUGAGACAUAAUUUUGAACAGUGACUAAAAAUACCUUUCUGAUAAUUAUGACAAGAACUACAUCAAGGCUGUUUCAGGGAUAACAACAUUGUCUCACAGUCCCUCAACUAAAGCAGCUGUGUUGUCUAAAAGAAACAAUACAGAGCAUUAAAACAUCUAAGCAGAGCAGUUUCAGUAAACUGCACUCAAUAAAAAACAAAAAUUUAGUUUAAUAAUUUAAUGCAAGUUGAUUAGCGGGCACCUUUUCCAGGAUCUCGGCCUCAAAAGUUAAAUUAUAGACCUAUAAGUUUAGGGCAUAAGUUUUUUUAUUAUUUAAUUGGAACAGCUUGUUUAAAAUAAUUUAGAAUAAUGCACAAUCAAUCUACAAACAAUAACAAAUGCAUUUGUAUUAACUACCAUACCAUAUGUAACUUGGAUUAUUUAAAUUUAGCAAAGUUUACUCUAGGAUGACUCGUCAGUCAGUUCAUAAAAUACAUUUACAGCGUUUAUUAAUCUUAGUUCAUGUUAAUGCCAGCAUUUACUAAUACAUUUUUUUAAACUGUUAACAUUAGUUAAUGCACAGUGAACUACUGUAUUGGCAUUAACUCACAUGAACAAAGAAUUAAUAGAUGCUAAAAAACUAAAUUGCUUACGAUUAGUUUGUGUUAGCUAAAAUAUUUACUAAGCUUAAAUGGUUUCACUUGGUAAAGUGUUACCAACUUUUAUUAUUUAAAACAACUCAGAGUUUUUUGGUGUUUUACUAUUAGCAAAACUUUGGUUAUUUUGUAGUAACCAUGGUUUUACUACAGAUGAGACCUUUUCCUCGAAAAAUACAAUCUAGUUAUCUUCAUCUCGUAUGAAACGGUUGGAUGUAAAACAGCUUUGUUUUCUGUGGGUUCGCGUGCCUCUCAUGAAUGAUCAGCAUAAUAAAUUAUAACUGCGAGAGUGACGUCAGCGUCAACCGAGCCUGCUAACACAAGCGACUUCACACAGCGAGGCUUCAUAAUGGGAUGCAAAAAGUUUGGGGAUGUUUAAAGCCGGUUUUACGUGAAAGUUAAGGCGCAUGAUGCUCCGUUCACCGCUUAGCUUUGACUGGGGAAGAGAAGAUGAAACGGCGGAUUUUAGCGGGGACAAUGCGGGAUCUGACUGCCGUGAAAUGUCAUGCAGCAUCAGUCAGGAGUCCCUUCCGGUCACCAUGCACUUGCUUACCAAUCCUGGCGACUCGCUCUUGCUCCAGCAUACUCUGGACCGUCUGCUCAAGUGGGUCCGUCCCGAUCUUCGUCUCUUCCACGUGUCCGAACGGGCUUGCCCUCUUCGUGAUUACUCCAGAGCUCAGCUGUUCCCCGUGCCCGGCUACCCCUCGCACGCUGUGACGCUCUUCCUGCACGAGUCUUACGGAGAGGAACGGAUUCUCCAGGCGCUGGAAUUCCUGCAGUGUCCACCCUGGCAGUAUCACCAUUCAGAAAGCUGUGGUGGCAGAGCAGGUGACAUUAGCUCCACCACGUCCCCUUCCAACGCCCUCCUAAAGCCCUACCUCGUCCCCAGUCGGGACUUCUACAGCCUAGGUGUUGGAAUGCCAGUGUGGGGGGUGCGGACGGUGCAUUACGGAGGGGAGGUGGUGCGAAUUACUUUGCACAGCACCCAUGAUAAUUUCGAGGACACUGUGCGCUUGUACGAGACAGUGCUGCAGAAGAGGGCGGAGGAGCAGAAAACCGGUUUCUGCUGGUUCACGCUGUUUGUAGAACGAGGGUUUAGCCUGCAGUUGGCCAUCAAGCAGCUCUCAAAAGGGCUCAAAGUGGAGCCCUGCUGCUCCUCUGUUCUGCAGUUUAGGGUAGGUGAGGUCGGACAACUAGUGCCCUUGCUGCCCAACCCUUGCUCGCCCAUUAGUGCCACCCGCUGGCAUACUGAAGACUUGGAUGGCAACAAGAUCCUCUUUCAAGUUAAAGGUUCUGCACAACCUCAGGGGUCCCUCACAUCUGCGUUUCCUCUAAACUGUCCCAGCCUGCCCUCCAGAACCCUGUUGAGAAACGGUGGAUCCAGCAGACCUCCAUCAGCUUCAUCCGGUAGCAGACCGUCUUCUCUGAAUGAGCGUGCCAUGGGUCAGUCCCGUUUGGAGCUGUCUCAGUAUAAUUCUCCUCGUAGUUUGAAAUCGGGGCCAUGUACCGGUUCGGACAGCCCCCGCAGCACUCCUCCCGGAAGUUCCUGUUACUCUUCUCAGCGCGGCAGCCCGGCAGGCCUGUCGGUUCAUCAGUAUGAGCCAACGAUGACCUCUGAAACCUCCGUGUCAGAGCCAGAAACCAAUGUGGACACGGGCUGUGCUGUAAACCUGCUCCCUAAAAGGCCGGUGAGGGCUUCUGCUUUGGAGACUCUGGCGAGGGACCUAAAAGACAGCAUAUCUGAGCCACCAGCAGACCCCUUCACCCAGACACAGACAUCACAGUGUCAUAUUCAGCAUCAAAAUGCGCAAGCAGAUGAGUUUUUCAUCUGAUGCAGAAGUAUAAAUGAAUGAAAACUGAGAUGUACCUUACAACAUAGAGGCUAUGGCGUAUGUCCUACGCUAAAGUAUGAAUCUGUCAUUACUCGACAUGGAAAGUGGAGUAAAUAGAUGCUUUAAAGGUGCAGUGUGUAGAUUUUAGCGGCAUCUAGUGGUAAGAUUGUGACUACAAGACUCAGUCCACAGCUCACCACCCCCUUUCAAAUGCAAUAAGAAGGACAACACAGGACAAACAUGUCAUCGUCUGAGACAACGUAGUGACAAAACGCGCUCUAUAAGAGCAGUUUGUUCGUUAAGCGAAAUUCAUGUAAGGGGACCCGCAGUGUGCGUAGAUAAAAAUGGCUCAUUCUAAAGUAAUAAAAACAAUACAGUUCAUUAUGUAAGGUCUUGAUAAUAUAGUUUUGUGUAUUAUAUUGCAUUUCUGUCGAAGAGAUCCUCCUAAAAUGUACAUACUGCACCUUUAAUUCAAAGCGACUAAUAUAGGUUUGAUCAAUAUGUGCGUGUUGUGUCUUUGGGCUGCUAACACAAUGCUCUACCAACUGAGUAACAAUCUGCUAGUAUUAUUUCAGAGAGACGGAUGCAUUGUUUCAAUCACAUGUGUGCUGAUCAGUAUUGAUUAAGAUUCCUGGUUAUUGGACGAUAACAUAUACCAGCGUUUUUCCUUAGUCAGUAUAUAUAAACUAUACCUCAUUGUGUCUGGCAUCAGUAUAAAAUCUAAUUUGUAGCCUAAGAUUAAAAAAACAUUAUUGUUAUUAUUAGGCAUCAAUUACUAUUUAAUAUUGUUAUUAUAGUAACUUAUACCUAUUAUUAUUUCUUAACUUUGAUUUCAAAAGUGAACCUGGAGCAUUUUAAAAGUGAAGUGAUUGAACAUUUACAGCUGUGAUCAUGGCAUUAUCCAGGUCUGCUAGGGUGGCAGGUUUGGUUUGAUUAAAACGAACUCCAUUGCGAUCGAUUGGUUCAUUUAAGGGUUUGUGAACGCUGCCAUCCGAACUUUGAACUGAGACCGCUGAUGUGUUUGUGACUCCAUUAAACAUGUUAUGAGCUCCUUGUGAGGUAAAAAAUCACCACUUGACAUUUAAAGGCUGUUAGUGUGUAUAUGUGUUACUAAUAGACCUAAAUGAGGUAUUUAUUCAUUUUUUUAUACUUGUGUUUGCCUUAGAACUUUUGUUUUUUUGUGUUCACUAAAUUAGAAUUAAAAAUAAAAUGCUACAUAAACUAUUUUUGAACUGUGUGUAGAAAUCAAGUAUCAGGUACUGUGUUUUACAAUUAAUACUUGUUAUUAACCUUUGCCAAACAAGUUUAACAUUUAUAUCAAAAUGUCAAGAAGGGCAUUAAAUAAAAUGAAAUCUG